ACGUUGCAUGAGGUCCUUGCUUACCUCAGUUCCGCACCAGUUGCUUUAACGACUCUCCCCAAACCCUAUAAAAUCGAUCCGAGGGCCUUAUCAAUGCAGGUGAUUCCCGUUAUCCCCAACAAUCUUCACAUUCGAGCAAUGGCGGAGCAGGUCCAAGUCCAGAUCCCCAGAGUGAAGUUGGGCAGCCAUGGAUUCGAGGUUUCUAAACUAGGGUUUGGGUGCAUGGGUCUCACCGGCGUGUACAAUUCCCCUGUCAGCGAAGAAGCUGGCAUUGCCAUCAUCAAGCAUGCUUUCAACAGGGGCAUCACCUUCUUUGACACCUCCGAUGUCUAUGGACCCCACACAAAUGAGAUUUUGCUGGGGAAGGCAUUGAAGCAAUUGCCGCGUGAAAAGAUCCAAGUAGCCACAAAGUUUGGGAUUGUUGGUUUUGAUGAAAAAGGUGUGGCGGUCAAUGGGAAGCCUGAGUAUGUGCGUGCUUGUUGUGAAGAAAGCCUCGAGCGACUCGGAGUGGAUUACAUUGAUCUUUACUACCAGCACCGAAUUGAUAAGACUGUUCCGAUAGAGGAGACUAUGGGGGAGCUCAAGAAGUUGGUGGAAGAAGGAAAAGUGAAGUAUAUUGGGCUGUCUGAGGCUAGUCCAAACACUAUCAGACGUGCUCAUGCUGUGCAUCCAAUUACUGCAUUGCAAAUGGAAUGGUCUCUUUGGACUCGUGAUAUUGAGCCAGAGAUAGUCCCACUUUGCAGGGAACUCAGCAUUGGAAUAGUUCCAUACAGCCCUAUUGGACGAGGGUUUUUCGCUGGUAGAGGAGUCACUGAGAAUUUGCCUUCAGAUACAAAUAUGACUAAUAUCGAAAGAUUCAGUGGUGAGAAUUUGGAAAAUAACAAAGUUCUUUAUCUGCGAGUGGAGAAUCUGGCCAAGAAACAUCGCUGCAGCCCUGUUCAACUUGCUUUGGCUUGGGUUCUCCACCAAGGUGAUGAUGUGGUUCCUAUUCCUGGUACAACCAAGGUGAAGAACUUGGAUGUAAACAUUGAGUCUUUGAAGGUAAAGCUCACAAAGGAGGAUUUGGAAGAACUAUCUGAUGCAGUGCGGGAAGAAGAGGUUGCAGGUUCUAGGUCAUACGGUAGUUUUGAGCCAUCAAAUUGGAAAUAUGCCGACACACCUCUCAUGCCUGCCAAUCCAUCGGCAUAGGCCUGUGAUACUGCUCUUCCAACUAUUUUGGGUCAAUUACAUGAGUCUUUUCUUCCGGCAGCAUAGGCCUGUGAUCAUUGAUGUUACCUAAGAUACAAUGUGAUGCUUUAUUUCCAUCAUCGAUACUUAAUUAAUAAACAGGUUCACAGUUCCGUUGUUGGCCAAUACGCACGUGGUCAUUGUCGAUCAUUUAAAAUUUUGUACUGGUCCAGCAAUUUAUUGCAAUGUGGUAUUUGUUGGUAUGA